AUGUCUUACACGCCCGUUUCCAAUGCGUUGUAUAUUGAGAAUAGUCCUGGGCACAAUGAUGAUCCCGGGACAACAACGACGGCGCCUAGCGUACCGACCAACUGGCAUGACGGCCCGCUGAAGCUCCGCCGAGAAGGAUUCGUGCAUAUGAUGGGGCUAGUCUGGGACUUUGUUUUGACUCUUGUGCCAGUGUGCUUCUUUGCUCUCUCGUACCUCGCGCUUUGGCUAGAGGCAAUGCCAUUAUCGCCCUACGGACAGAAGAUAAUGGACAUAACCCUCCUAGGCCCGACGAUAUAUCCAAUUCUCUUCGCCGCGAUAGCCAGCCGCUUCUAUCGAAACAUUGCUCGCUGGUGCUUAGAGAAGCAAGGCGGGAUCAAGCUUGCAGUACUCGAGCAAAUAUUCGGCAGCCAAAGUCUGGCUGGAGCCUUGGAAAGAUUCUUCGUUGUCCGCGCUCAGGUGCUCAUCGGACUGCUGGUUCUCUUGACUUGGGCCCUAUCUCCAAUUGGAGGCCAGAGCGCAGCAAGGCUGGUUUACAAAGGGGAGAAUAUAACACAGGUCAAUGGAACUGUGUAUUACUCAUUCCCAAACUAUCAGCAGUCAGGCUUCAUUGGAUCUUCUAUGGUAUAUUCCAACAAAGUCAGCGUUAACACACUCUAUCUUUCUAGUCUGCUGUCCUCAAUAAAGCAAAAGCGGUCAGCUAGGGAUCUUUGGGAUUUACCCAGGAUUCCGCAAUGGCUGGAUGGGCAAGCGGACGGGAAGACUUAUGAUGUUGACCAUGGUGCACUCGCCCGCGGCGAUAAUCACUACGCAUCCUUACUCGGAGUUACCAUCCAAGGAUUGGAUUUCGCAAGCGGCGACAGCCAAUACAACUUCACAAUUGAGUCGUCAUAUUUUCACUUCGACUGCGGCCUUGUCGGGACUGGAAUUCAUGUCAACGAGUCAAGUGCCUACUUCCCUCGCGACGAACUCGACCCGACUACAUUUGUCACAUUUCCAACGUCCCGCGAAGCCUCACCAGAUCUAAGGAGUGACGCUGCCGGGUAUAUGCUAUACGCUACACUCGACUGGUCUAAUGGCCACGAGUCCACCUCGUCAUACAUGGCAGUGUUCAAUUGCAGUAUGCAUCCCACGAUCCUCGCCACAGACAUUCAAUGCAGUUCGUCUCCAUCCUCGACAACCUGCAGAGCACAGCGUCAACGACGUGUCAACGACCAAUAUACGAGUGAUAACUUCCCUUUGCAAGGUCUAGUGGUGAACAGUACUCGAAAGCUUGUGUUGGACAAUUGGAGAAAUGCAGAAGGGCCAUCCACUCAACACAGAACGUCACCAACGGACAGAUACAUUGCAGGAGACCCGUAUCCAUUUGCAGCGCCAGAACCGCAAGAUUGGGCAAAAGUCAAUCUCACAGCGCUCUCAAGACGCCUUGCGACUGCGUUCAAUACAUACUGGGAGGCUACAUUCAAUCCUCUCAACCGCACCAAUGUUAUGUUCAGAAAGCAACCACAAGAAUACGAACUUUCUCCGCUACCCACAUACAUGAACUCUACGGAUGGAAUCGCCACAACCCGACGCCAAGCUAUGGCGAUCGCUGGGUUCGCCCUGGGGCUUUAUAUCCGUGGGCCGGACAUACUUGGCUUCGCGAGCUCUAUGACGCGAGAUAAUCCGCACAUAGACAUACCCACUGGUGGAUCGAGCUUGGACGGGCCCGACAGGGCAAGGACGUUAGGUCAAUUACGAGUGCAGCUCACAGACAUUUUCCCUGAGGAUGAAUCCGGCUACAUUGCGCUCCGGACGGUUCCUUCAGCCGAACAAACAGGGCAACCAACCGAAGAUGGUGAGAAGAAUGGUGUCUGGAAGAAAUUGAGUCGAAAGAGAUUAUAUCUAUAG